AUGAGCAUAAAUGCAGAUCCAUUCGGCCUGCCGGAUGGCGGCACCACAACGACUGGUCAGCUGGUUAUGAGCAUUGCACAGAGUGGAUCCGACAAUGGCCUCAAAUGCUUCGAGACGUUGGUCAAGGCGGUGUGCAAUACGGUCGACAAGCCCGAGGAGCCCAGGUACAGAGAGCUUCGACGUGAUGUUGCUGCAGUUGUCCAGGUCGAUGCAGUCCCUGCCUGUGCAAUGCUUUUGCGGAGACUGGGCUUCAAGGACAUGGGUGAUCGGUACCGUCUUCAGAACAGCGGUCUCCGGUCUUCUGAGGUCGCUCGUUUCCAGAGUGCACUGAAUGAGCUGGAGCAUUGCAGUGACCUCGUGGUCCGCCUGGCUCCAGCCAUCCAUGCCUUGGGUCUUCACUGGACCAAGCCCGAUGGGAGCUCCACGUUUAUGCCUGGUCCCACAUAUCGAGAACGCCAGCAGCGAGAUCGUGACUUGCUCCAGAGUGCGAGAAAUGGAGGUUCCUGGACCGGGCAGACGGCCCCGGGAGAUCUCCCUUCUGCCGAAGAUGAGGAGGAUGCGCAGCUGCAGGAAGCACUCAGACUGUCGAUGAUCGAAAGUAGCAAUCCAUGGCUCCGCGCCCUCCUUCGUGCAUCCAUGCGCGAGCGGCUUCGCACAAAGACCAUCGCAAUUACGGAUCGAAAGUCUGAUGCAGCGAUGGUUCUUUCAGGCAGCCUAGCUUCACGAAUGCGGCUGAGAAGCUGCGAAACAACGAUGGACAGGUCGUCCGUCCGACUCCCUGUCAAUCCUUUGCCGGUGGACGCACUGAACCCCUUUCAGGCCCCUUCAGACCAGACGAUCAAGAGAGUAACAGCCUUGGAGACUUCCAUGAUGGAGAUCACACGGCGUCUGGAUGACUGGACGGAGGUCACGCGACAAGGAAUUGCAGAUUUGCGGGCCGAGAUUGGCGCAGUCAAGCUCGAGCAGCGCUUUUCGCAGACCUUGCGAAAUGCACCAAACGAAGGAGAUGUGCUGAAUGGUUUCCGGCAGGACGCUGCCACCGGUACUCCUUUGGAGGGUGGAAAGCAGGCGGAAGACAGUGGUGAGGGCCUGAAGCAUCGCUUCGAGGUUUUUGAGGAGAAGCUGUCCGCCAUCCACAGCGAGCACAUGUUGGACACAACUUCCAUGAGAGAACGGCUGGAGGCUGCUUUACAGCAAAGUGACAGUCAGACCUCGCGAGCGGAUGAACUCCAGGCACUCCUCAAGGAAGAAGAGGGCCGUCGUAUGUUGCUCUUCGUCCGUCUCGAAGCUGUGGAGGCUUCGCUGCAAGACCUGCGAACGAAUCAGCGGGACAUCGCUUCAGCGAAUGAGGUGACGGAGAGGGUCUUGAAGGGUGAGCUGAAGAAGGAGGCAUCUGGAAUGCUUCAGGAACUGGACGCUCGCCUAAAAGCCCUGGAAAGUUCAGCCGCGACAGACACAGUCGCUGCGGUUCAGAGCAACACUGCUGCCGACCUGGGCGAAAUGCGGGCAUCGCUUUUGUCAUCAACAAACGACAUUCAGCGCUUGGCCAAGGAAGUCGCAACGAUCCGGGAGGAACAUGAUCAAGCGAUUGGAGACCUUGGCAGUCUCACCGAACGUGUGGCCAAGUCCGCCAUUGCGGGCAUUCAGCGUUCGGAGGUGGAGCUGUCUCAGCUCAUCCUAGCACGGGUGGAACCACGCGUCGCUUCUUUGGAGGCAAAGAUCGGCGGCACCCAGGCAGAGGACCUCACGGAGUCCACCGAAACGGGGAUCAUGGGAGCCACCAGGCAUGUGGCUGAAACAUCUUCCUCCGAGGUGGAGCCGAGCUGGGUUCAGGACGAGAGGAAAAGCCAAGGCAAAGGCCCUGACGGCCCUGACAAUCUUCGACAGGGUGUCAAAGACAAGCUGCAGGGAAUUACAGACGCGGUUCAGCAGGUCCUGGGCGCCCUCGAGUCUGGCGAGAAAGUCGGUGAGACUAGACCGCCAGGAACCCUUGACAAGCAACGCAUGCAAGAGAGCUCGCAGCCGACGAGCGCACUCGCUGCACCUGAUUUCUGGCAAGCCAGUAGGGAAGUCCUGAGUGCCAAUCCACGCACUGCCUCGAAAGCCACCUGCUGCCAAUACAAACUGUCAAGAGGCAAAGAUCUGGAGAUCUCCAUUCCUUCCGAGCUGGAGGAAGCAUUUCCGCUUCCGCUUCGAGUUCGCAACACCUUCAUAGAUGUGGGCGAUGAUGAGCAGCUCUCGGAACAAACGGCACAAUCUGCGCCUGCAAGGCAUGCUGGUCGGAUACACCAACUUUGGCGAGAAGGGUUCUCCACUCCUUGCAAGAGCCCAGUCGGACCGCAGCUGAAAGAGACCGUAGAGUGCCCUCCACCAAAGCCAGUUCUGCGCCUGGUUGAUGUCUUGCCAGGAAAUCCAGAACCACUGGUCGGCAACAGCUACGACGGCUAUGAUGGCUGCGGACGGACGCAGAGGACGCCUUGGGCAGAUCUGUCUGCAGGAUGCCAAGGCACGUCGAAUGGACCUCCUGACAGUGCUCCUGCAGCACGACUUGGCCUGGUCAACUUAAAUCCUCCAAGCCCAACGCCUGCAGCGGCGGUGCCAAGCCCUUUCAUUCACGGGAUGUACAGCACUUCGAAGACCGAAACGAAGGUCCAAGAUGUAAAAACGCCACCGUGCUGGGGAGGCAUUUGGCACCCUUCUCAAGGUGAAACUUGGCAGCCUCGCCUUGAGCGCUUCGACCGUGACCGCUUCGACCGCUUUGACCGUCAAGGAUGCCAGGGACAUCCGGUACCGCCGGUGCCGACAAGCUUAGGAUGCCGACCUCCAGAGAUGGUACCCCAGGUGCCGGUUCCAUGUAUUCCGUCCACACAUGUCCGAAAGCCAUUCGGAGAGCCGUGGCUCACAAGGACCAAGCCGCAAGUGGACUCAUACCCUGUGGGGCCUCUGGCCACUAGCCCACUUGUGACAGUGCCAGCUCCUGUCGGGCCCGCGCCGGGAUCCUUCGAACUUCCCAGCAUUGGAUCGCAAGGGCAUUCCGUGGGCCAAUGCAAGCCUUGUGCGUUUCUCCACACGAAGGGGUGCGACAACGGCGCCGUGUGCAAGUUCUGCCACCUAUGUGAGCCGGGCGAGAAGAAGCGCCGCCAGAAGGAGAAGAGACAGAUGAUGCGAGGCAGCAGCUUGCCAAGUAGGUGCGCAGUGAAAGAUGGAUUGCCACAUGUCCUGGCCAAAGGUCGGGGCUGGCCAGCCUUGGCAGCGGAGGGCACGGCGGGCACGGAACCGGACAUGGGCGCCGAGGGCUGUUGCACCGUCCUCGCCCCCAGUGAAAUUCUCGACUCGGAGCCUUGGAGUGAAAUACCUGGAACUGAGGGUUUCGUGGGACAAAUCGCCAACGACAUCGACAGAGAACUUGCUGAGCCACGGCCACGACCUUUGAUCUUUCCAUUCUCAACGGUGGUAGCAUCUGCUCAGUGUCACAGAUUGGUGAGGCACGUUGCUUCGGAAGGGCCGAAAGAGUUCCGCCUUUCCGCCCUUUUGUCGAGCCGACGGCUCUGCCGGGACACCGCGAGAUUCCAGGAGCCGACUCCGCGAGGCUGGGAUCGCCUUGGCACAAGCCCACCCAGCAGCAUCGCCUGCACGCCCGAGCGUCGUGCAACCAUGGCACGUGCUGACAGCGAGCCCACGAAGGCGCCUGCGGCAGCCUCGGAAGUCCAUUGUGUGCCGACAUUCUUCCGACUCGGGCCCUUCGUCUGGGCUUUCGUGGCGUUUUCUUCUGUCCUUCACUUCUUCGAGCAAUAUCUUGAGUGGAGGCAGCUGCAAAAGAACAGGGAGACUGCGGUGCCAGCGGAAUUCCAAGGUGUUGUUGAUGAGUCGAAGUUCCUGGAAUCACAGGUAUACCAGAAGGACAAGCGCCUCUUUGGCUUUGUGAAAGACUGGGUUAGCUUCAUCUAUGAUAAGGUGCAGCUCUUUCUGAUUACUCCGUGGCUGUGGCACUAUGCGGUCGCGGUCUUUGGUGAGGAGGCGGAGUACAGCUGCACCCUCUUCUGGCUCUUCCUACUGCAGUGGGUGGAAAAGCCCAUCAGCAUCCCGUUCUCCCUCUACUCCAACUUUGUAGUGGAGGACUCUUGGCUUCCGUGGCUUCUCGACCCCUGCUUCUCAUGCAUCGAGUAUGGGUCAGAAGCGCACCGGGAGCGGUUGUCACGAACACGAGAUUCACCGCGACCAGACACGUGA